UGGACUGGGUCAGAACCUGCUGCAGAUGAAUGUUCCUGUUAGGCUGACACAGAACCGCCUCGGUUCUGGUUCUGCUCUCUCUUCUCUCUCUCUCUCUCUCUCUCUCCCUCUCUCCCCGCCCACUCUCCGUUCUGCGCAUGCGUGCUGCCCUCCCAGCCUCCAGUUUCCGUGUUGUUCUGUGUGUCAGCGCAGUGACGCGGAUCAUCACAGUCGAGAGAAGAAGAGAGGGAACCACAGAGGAAGACGAGGAGGAGAUGAAGAACAAAGUCAGCAGCACUCAAGUCAGCGUGAAGAGGCGCUCCUGGUCCUGGCAGCAGUACCUGAACGAGCAGAAGGCCGAGGCAGCUCCGCCCUCUCUCUUCACCCAGGACCAGUCCUGUCCCAGCAGGAGGACAGCCUUCAAGGUGGGCAUGAAGUUGGAGGGCAUCGACCCGCUGCAUCCCUCCAUGUUCUGUGUGCUGACCGUCGCCGAGGUGAUUGGCUGCCGGCUGCGUCUCCACAUCGACGGAUACUCUGAGUGCUAUGACUUCUGGGUAAACGCCGACUCACCUGACAUCAGACCCGCCGGAUGGUGCAGAGAGCACCGCCACAAGCUCCACCCACCCAAAGGUCACAGUGAGACGGAGUUUGAUUGGCAGGACUACCUGCAGUCCUCAGGGUCCCUCGCAGCUCCGCCCACCAUGUUCACCUGUCGCUCCACCCUGUGUGAGUUCCAGGUGGGGAUGAAGCUUGAGGCAGUGGACAAGAAAAACCCGGGACUGGUGUGUGUGGCGUCUGUCGCUGAUGUCAUCAACGACCGCUUCCUGGUUCACUUCGACAACUGGGACGACACCUAUGACUACUGGUGUGACAGCAGCAGUCCCUACAUCCAUCCGGUGGGCUGGUGUGAGGUGCAGGGCCGACCGCUGACCGCGCCGCAGGGUCAUCCCAGGCCAGAGGACUUUGUGUGGGACGACUACCUGCAGGAAACUGGUUCCACGGCUGCUCCCAGUUCAGCGUUCACACUGAGAGCUCCGCACGGUUUCCAGGUGAACCACAGGCUGGAGGCGGUGGACAGGAGGAACCCCAUGCUGAUCCGCGUCGCCACGGUGACGGACACCGAGGACUACAGGGUGAAGGUCCACUACGACGGCUGGUCCACCCAGCUGGACGUCUGGAUGGACAGCGACCACGCAGACCUCCACCCGACGGGGUGGAGCCAGCGCACCGGGCACCCGCUGGAGCCCCCCCCAGGGUCGUCCCCACUGCCGUCCCCGUCUCAGGGAGUGUGUCCCACUGCCGGCUGCAGAGGCGUCGGACACAUCAAAGGAGCCAAAUAUACGGGACACCACAGUGCCUUCGGCUGUCCGUACUCAGACAUCAACCUGAGGAAGGAGGUGGUUCUGCCCGACCGGCUGGGUGGGGAGAGGUCCGUCACCUUGGUGCCCGUGUCCCUGUCUCACCUUCACAGCAGAGGCGUCCAGGUGAAGCAGGAGUCCAGUGAUGUCCCUCUGCUGUCUCUGGGGAAGAGGAAAAGAUUACCUGACAGACUGACCCAACCAACCAAAUGCCUGCGUGUGAAACAGGAAGAGGAGGAGCUUCCCCUCAGAACCAUCAGUCCAGAGUCCAGUCUGCAGGCCGUCCUCCAUCAGUCCGUCUUCCUGUCGGCCAUGUCGGCCCAACCGGGUCGCGACCUCUCUCUCUGCUGGGAGCAGCACAGGAAGCUGUUGCCGGGCGUGGCCCGUCUCCACGCCGACGCCGUCCGCCGCUGGACCGUCCAGCAGGUGUCGGACUUCGUGGAAUCUCUUCCUGGAUGUGAGGAUCAGGCCCAGCUGUUCAGAGACGAGCAAAUAGAUGGGCGGGCCUUCCUGCUGCUCACCCAACGGGACAUCGUCAGGAUCAUGUCCAUCAAGCUCGGCCCCGCCCUCAAGAUCUACAACUCCAUCCUGAUGUUCAAACACGCCGAGGACAAGAGCCAAUCACAGGCUGAGGACAAGAGCCAAUCACAGGCUGAGGACAAGAGCCAAUCACAGGCUGAGGACAAGAGCCAAUCACAGGCCGAGGACAAGAGCCAAUCACAGGCCGAGGACAAGAGCCAAUCACAGGCCGAGGACAAGAGCCAAUCAGAUGUCCAGGAUCCCAGCACCUGACCGCUGCACGUUGUGACUGGCCAGGUUCAGUCGCCUGAUGGUGGCCCCUCCCCCUCAGCCAGGUAUUAACCAAUCAGGUGCUGCUGUCACUUUAUCUCCUUUAGGCUCUGCCUCUUUGGGAUGGGUGGGGCUUCGCUGGAUGAGUGCAGAAAGGGAUUCUGGGAUAUGUUGUCUGUGACUGAGGUACAGCUGGGAGGAGGCGAGACCGGAAGUGGCUUCGUUUCCAUGGUAACGCUGAGACAGCUGGAAACAUGCAGCUGAUGAAGAUGACGAUGAUGAAGAUGAGGUCUCAUCAGCAUCCUGGUGUGAUGUCAUCACUUCCUGUCAGCAGGACUCUAACAGGAAGCAGGUGAUGAUGUUACACUGACGCCCUGCCUCCUCUCCUGAUGAUGUCAUCCCGCGGUGGGCGGAGCUCCAGACUUUCUACUGUUCCUCCAUAGAGUUCUAUUUUCAGCUUUCUAUUCUAGAUUUAUAUUCUAAAGCUGACUCCGCCCCUCUGUGACGUCACAUCGGGGGCGGGGCCAACAGCCAGCUUCUGCAGGUUUCCUCAGGUUCCUUGGCAACACUUCCUGCCUGCUGUCUGUGUCAGUGUUUGACGGAUCAAUAAAGUUUCUGACCUGAACGUGA